UAUAGCAGGAAGUGGAGUGGAACCACACAAGCCCCGUAUACAGCAGAAAUUAGUGUCUCUCACUUUUCGGCACUUGUUACCUGGCGUUCUCUUGUUGGAAGAAUAGAAAAUAGUGGGAGAAAAUGUACUGGAGAGUUUUGUUGUUUGCGUUUUCACUUGCCCUGCUGCGUAGCACGACAGCUGCAGAAAGUGACGAGUGCACAACACUAUCAAGCUGUUUGGAGUGUCAAAAGAACAAUGGAUGUACCUGGAUGUUGUGCUCAGAAUCAGCGUCCCAAAAUUCUUCCUGUGUGAAAGCCAGCUCUACACCUGUGAACGUCACCGAUGAUGGCUGUCAGGCAGUAGGCAACGGCUCCUGCUCAGACCCUUCACCUCCACCCCCACCCCCGCCCACCCAACCUCCCCUCCCCACCACAGCUGCUGGCAAUGGAACUACCCCCGCCCCCGCCCCCACCACUACUGGAAGCACACAGGCUCCAACUCCAACAGCUCAUGUGAACGUAUCUACGCCCGCGCCUGGCCCCACUGCGCCCCCGACCGCCGCUCCCUCCAACACCACGGCAACGGCCACAACCACAACCACUCUUCCAUCAAACUCCACCCAGCCUGCCCCGACUCCCGCCCCGGCAACGAAGAAGUCCACCUUCGACGCAGCCAGCUUCAUCGGCGGCAUCGUGCUGGUGCUGGGCCUCCAGGCGGUCAUCUUCUUCCUCUACAAGUUCUGCAAGUCCAAGGACCGCAACUACCACACCCUCUAAACCCCCCGGGCCCCCGGCCCCCAGCCCCCGGCCCCUGGCACCUCCCCGCCUCGAACUGUGGCCCCCCCCCCGGCCAUUCAGUCAAACAGUGUUUCCAAGCUGCUUAUUCUGCCCCCCCCCCCCUUCUUAAUGCCGAGAUGCAUGCAGCCUGUCGACUCCAACCUUAACACACACGCGCCCACACACACACACAGCAGGCACGGUAGGUCGUAGGGUCCUAACCCCCGCCCCCCCCGUGCGAUUGACCCGGGGGUAAGCGUGUAGGCUUCGUUUUUCCGACCGUAGAAAGAUUGAACAGUCGAGACGCGAGUCGCUCUGAAGGCCUGCCUGCUCCUCCCCGUGGCGGUCGGUUUGAGAGCAGAAGCCGCGGGCGGGCUGAAGCGGCGCAGAAACGCAUUUCGGCGGACCGUCCCUGUUGUUUCGGUUUUUUUUUUUCUUUCUUUCGUUUUUGAAGUCACCUGCUGGAAAGACAGCCUGGGGCCAGCACAGAAAGCGCUAGAAGAAAAGCACGCGGUUUUGAGUGUUGCAUCACCCGGCUUACUUUGCUUAGGAAACACUGUUUGAAUUCCCCCACCCCCCGCCCCGCCCCGCCCUCCCCCCGACCCACAGGAAGAUACAGCAUUGCUCGUAAGACUCGUCAUGUCCAAAAAAAAAAAGAAAGAAAAAAAGGAAAAAAAAAAGGCUUUGAGGUUUCUAUGCAAAAAUUGGUAGAUUUGUCAGGCUAUGGAAGCGUCUUUUUUUCUUUUUCUUUUUUUCCUAACAUUGAAAAGUCAUGCGGCAAUGCUUUAUCCACCGCACCUGAACUAAAAUUAGGAUUAAAAAAAUUAAAUUAAAAAAAAAAAACACAAAAAAAUAAAAACACAAAAAAUGUGAGUCUUGGUGAUGGCGGAUGUCUCCCCUGCCUGGGAGUUGAGUUUCAGAAAAAGAGAAACUCCAGAGAAGCCGCUGCAUUUCGUCAGCACGCGCUGCGCGUCCUGCACAACAACCCCGCCAGCGUCCGCCUCCGUGCAAUAAACGCCUCUCCCCGUUAUUCACUCCAUUAGCCCCGGCCAAUCCGCUCGCUGAGAGCCGCGCUGCCAAGCGAGGCCCCGCCCCCUCCCCGCCCGUGGUUCCCGCGGCCCCGUUCCGCCUGGCCCUCUGCCCCCCCGGGUGGCCCGAAUCCGUCUGGGGACGUAUGUGGUCGAGGAAUAAAUUAAGAAAACGAUAAGCAAGCACCUUCUGAAUGUGGAGAGUGAUGUGAAAAAAAAGUGCCUUAACGGGGGUGUCAAUCAGGCUGAUGAUUGGUUAGUUGGGCAGGUGUUGUCCCCCAGAACCCCCCCCCCCACCCCCCACCGCCCUUACACACACGCACACACACGCGCACACACACGCGCACGCGUAUGCACACACCAUCCCCAGUCCCGUAGUGUUGAUGGCCCCAGUGGGGAGCUGGCGUUGGAGAACGCAGACUCCCGAUGGCACAGUAUCGCUGCGCUGAUAUUGGUCAAAAUGGCGGAGAUCCCAGCUGGACUGAUGCUUUUAUUGUUGAGAAUCUUUGUGAUGAUGAGGAGUUGCCUCUGUCUAAUUUUUUAUUUUUUUUUUGUUUUUUUUUUGUUUUUUUUUUUGUUUUUGCACCUGCUGACUCUCGCUUAACCACGGCCAGGUAAGGCUGGUUCGGAUGCGUCUCUGUGUUCGUAGAGAGGAAUAUCAGGGCGAGACAGAUUGCGGUUCUGGUUUGUGUCUCGUAUUCCUUUUGGGGUGCUUUCCUUUUUUUUAUUUUUAUUUUUUUCUUUUAUUUUUUCUCCUCAUGCACCGUUCCAUCCCUUUGAUUGGUCGAAAGUCUCAAAGCAUUUCUCUGGUCCACGAAACAGAAGCAGCUUGCCACUUUGGUGAAACCAUAUUCAAGUUGCCUGCAAGGUUUGACAGAUUUUGGUUUUGCAUGCUGGUCCUAUUUCAAAAGUUUUGGUAAAAAAAACAAACAAAAAAAAAAAAACAACUUUCCAAGUUCUUUAUUUUAAAUUGUCGUCCAAUUUCAACAUUUAUCGUUUCAAGCAGCCAAGCCUACAAAUGAUGAGGCAUUCACGAGAUGAAGGUCUAAUUUUCAGAGGCCCACGUUUGGGUUGAAGUUGCAUGUCUUGAUUUCCUGCACAUUGUCUUUAAAUCGUCUAUGUACAUUUUUCUGGAUUUGAUCAUGGGCAGACGAAGGAUCCUUUUGAGGAGGUUGUCAGUAGAAUGUUGUUCUGGUGUUGAGACAAUCGACUCAGGUUUGUAUUUUUUGGGGGUAUUUUUUAUUUUAUUUCUUUCCUGUCUUUUGUUGCAUUUUUGUGCGAAGGAGCAAGUUAGAUGUUUUUGAAUUCUAAGAUUUCAACUGUGGAUGUCUUUGGGUUUCAAACAUUUUGUGAACCACUUUCGUCAAUUUAGAAAAUAUAGAUAUAUAUAUAUGAAACUCUAAUGCUUUGAAGUGAAAGGCCAAUGCUUAGCAUGUGGAAUGGAGCAUUGACCAAGCCUUGCAUUAUAUUGUUCUUGCAUAUUUCUUUUGUGGCCAAAAUUUCACAAUAAAAGCCUGUCAGAAAUCUCUGCUAAAUAAGUUGCCAAAUGAAAAUGUUUGCCUAGAAUGAACACCAGUAUAAAGAUAAAUGUUAGUGCAUGGUGUAUCUGUGCCGACAAUGGCAAAGUUGUAUUGUUUAUUAUUAAGCACCUGGAAACAAUUUGUCAUGAUGAUUUCUUUCCCUCAAUUUUUACAUUAAAUCAGCGUUAUGCUGCAUCCAAAGAGUCCCAUUUGCAGCAAGUCAGAAGUACAACACACUGCCUUAGUUUCACCGAGAGAUCCACUUAUACGCAUUAAGGUCCGCCAAAUCACGCGCGCUAAAGGGUUUUUGUUGUUCUUAAAGGGAGGGCUUUAUUGGGCAGUUCAGAUGCUGUGUAGCUGUUGAAAUUCUUGAGCGAUUGCAAGUAUACACAAGACAUGGCUUUGUUUCCAUUUGUCACAGUAUUCAGAAAUGUACUGUGUAGUUCUUUUCUUUUUCUUUUUUUUUUUCUUUAUAACCUAAUUGUGCUAAACAUCCAAUUGCCAAAGUUUUACCCAGUUGGGUUUACCCAGUGUUGGCUCUUUUCCCAUGGAGCUGGUCAGCCUUUUGAAACCUUAAAAGCUGCUUAAGCCGUAUUCGUCCGGGGCCUCUAACGCACGGAGCACGCAGAGGUUGGAAUGGAAGCGUUUGCGUGGCAUCGUGGGUAACGUCGACUUCCACGACGACCGCCGAAGGGGUGCUCUUGGAGCCCCCCCAAAAAAAAAAAAAAAAAAAAGCCAAAAUGGUGGACAGUGCCAACAUGUUCCUUUACGCCGCGCGCUGAAAGGCCAGAAUGUCUCUCGCGCGUAUUUGACUGAUCGUAGUUCUGUAGUCAGGUCAAAAGUGCCUUGGUCGGCUCAGCAGACUCGACCUCAUCUUCAGUGACAUCAAAAUAGAAAACGGCGGGAAAAAAAAAAACCCUUGCCCCCCCCCCCCCCCCCACACCUCUCCCAUGAGUCCCAAAUACACUGAGCCAAAUGGGACGGGUCAUCUGCUGAAUUUCCAGCUAAGAUUCUCUACAUGCUGCAUUUCCCAGCUCAUCCCUCUUUCGGUUCUCUUGUGUAUGCGACUGCUGUAUUGCGUUCUUUGCUCAGCCAAAAUGGGGGUCUGAUGUAGUCAGCUGGCUUUGACCCCGGCUCUUGUUCAGAUUUGGGCACUUGACGUUGCAUAUGUAUCCACAAAGCCCGCCUUACUGUUCUAUGCUUUUUAAGUGUACCUUUUCAUGAGUCGUGUUUUUGUUUUGUUUUUUUUGUUUUUUCUUUGUUUUGUUUUUGUUUUAGUUUUUUUUGCCUUUCGGUUUUCUAGUUUUGCAAUGAAAGAUUGAAGAUGUUAAAAUCAGUAAUAAAGAUUUGGAUAUUGUUAAACAA